CUCUGCUUCUCCCUCCCUUGAAACUCGCUUCCGUCUCCUCCUCCUCAAUUGGCCUCUGUCCCCCGCCGGGUUUAACAGAGGGAAUGCCUUGCUGCUGCUGUUGUGAUCCAUUUCCUCCUUCCCUCACAAAAACUGCUCGUCCUUUUCCGUUUUCCGAGCGAAUGAGGCAAAAUACCCGCCGGCGGUGGAAUGUAUAUGAAGAAGGAAAACUAUGAGUCCUUUAAAAUACAGUACAUACAUACAUCCAUGUGACAAAGGCAGUGUGUCAAACUUCUCGCUAUGUAGCAACUUUGUUAUUUGAGCCUUUGCUAUCCAAAACCACUGAAUCAAGAGACUUGCAUCCAGCCCUGUGGCACCAUAACUUUUUGUGUGAAUAGCUCUUCGCUCUUCCAUUAUUAAGUUGAUAAUGUCAUAGCUGUUGCUUUUGUGUUGCAGUAGAAAUAUAUUUGCAGAAAGCUAAUGUAAUCACAACUACUGGGAGAGGCGUCAGAACCCUACAGAAAAGAAAUGGCAGCUGAUAAAGCCCUUCAGCUAAAUAAUGCAGUCAGAAGAGGAUCGAUUGAGACUGUCCGGCAGUUGUUAGAAGAAGGUAAUGAUAUCAAUUCAAAGGUGAAUGAUGGGUGGACAGCCCUUCACAGUGCUGUACAAAUGGACAAAGAGGCAAUUGUCCACCUUCUGCUGGACAGAGGAGCUGAUCCACUUGCUAGGAAGGACAACAAAGCUACCCCCUUUAUUCUAGCAGGAAUAACAGGCAAUGUUGAACUUUUAAAGCUCUUCCUUCAGAAGGGGUCGGCCAUCAAUGAGUGUGAUUUGAAUGGUUUCACGGCAUUCACAGAGGCUGCUUGGUAUGGGCAAGAAGAGGCCCUGAGGUUUUUGUAUGGGUGUGGGGCAGAUGUUAACUUGCCCAGAAAUGUGGCUGAUGAGGAUAAAAGGGCCUUGAAUAAAGGGGGAGAAACAGCCCUGAUGGAUGCUGCCAGGUAUGGCCACUUCUCUGUUGUCAAAGUCCUAGUUGAAGAAUUGGGUGCUGAUGUGAACAUCUGCGACAACUGGGAGAGAAAUGCAUUGGUCCAUGCUCUCUCAGUGACUAAAAAGGACCAGACCCAGGCCCAAGGCAAAGAGGCAGCUGCCCUUUUCCUCUUAAAACAUGGGGCUGAUGUGAAUAAGAGAGAUGAAGUUGGGAAAACUACUUUGAUGCUGGCAGCUGAAAGGCAAAGCCUAGACCUGGUGAAGGCUAUAUUGGAAAAAGAAGAAGUGGACGUGAACGAUGCUGACAAAAACAACAAGACGGCCCUUAUGGCAGCAGUGGCAAUGGAAAAUUAUGAAAUAACAAAGACAUUGUGUGAAAAGGGAGCAAGAACAGACAUUGGGAACUUGAUAGAUAUAGCCAGCCUGAAUUACAACAGCAGAAUGAUAACGCUUCUUCACCAGUAUGGAGCCUUGUCUAAUCUAAGGCAGCCAGAGAUACAAUGGACCUCUGCUAGCAGACACUGGCAAUCCAAGCUCCGAGAUCUUUAUGGAAAGUAUCGUCCUAUGAUUGGAAAACUCAAGAUCUUCAUGUUUCCAGAUUUCCGAAUUCAGAAAAGUUCCCAUGGAGGUGUCUACCUAGGAUUCUACAGUGGAGAAGAGGUGGCUGUGAAGAUAUUCCCCACCACUGCAGAAAAUGCUGAACGAGAGAAAACCUGCCUUGAGAAGUGCCGUACCAGCAAACAUCUGGUGAAGUUCUGUGGGUGCGAAGAGCAGAACUCCUGUCUCUACUUGUGCCUUUCCCUGUGUGAGAAAAACCUUGAGGAGUACUUCGGGACAGCAGAGACUGAGAAUGGAACUAUGAGAAGUAAUGCUAUUAUUGAAACAAUAUUUCUGGCAGUGAAGGAACUGCACUCAUUUGGAUUUGGGCAUCAAGAUCUGCACCCAAGUAACAUUUUGAUAGAUGUCGCAGGCAGGGUUUUUCUAGCAGAUUUUGAUAAGACCAGAAAAAUAGAUGAUGAAAAAGAUCUUAUCAUCACAGAAGAUCUGCAGGCUCUCAGAAGUCUAGCCCUGUAUGUUGCUAUGAGGGGCAGAAUCCGCUUUGAAGCCUUGCCUGCGCAGUGUCCAAAGGAUGUAGAUGAUCACUUUGAAAUAGAAGACCUCACAGCAAGACUGGAAUCUCCUGAUGAAAACAUCCCAGUCACUGAACAACUGGGACAGUUGAUCUACCAUCCUUAUUUCUGGAACAAGAAGUUGAGAUACAGGGUCUUAAGAGACGUUGGGAAUGAGAGCGAUAUAAAGACACGCAACACUCGGCACCAUAACAGCACUAGUGAAAUACUGAAGGCUCUGAAUAGUGAGGAAGAUCCUUUCAAGGACUGGACUGAAAAGAUUGAUAAGGAUGUAUUGGACUGUAUGGUUGGUCCCUUUAAUGACAAGAAGAAGAAGGAGAAGAAUAAAGGUUAUGAAAACUGUGUGACAGAUUUACUGAAGCUGAUCAGGAAUAUGGGGGAGCACUUCAGUGAAAAGGAUGAGAAGGUGAAGGAAAUAAUCAAGGAGCCAGAAGACUAUUUUCUGAACCUUUUCCCAAAUUUAACAAUUUAUGUCUACCGGACUUUGCAUAAUAUACAAUAUGAUCAACAUUUUCCGAAUGCACAGAAUUCUCCUCAGCUAUAAUGGGGACAAAUAGACAUAGAUUCUUCAUGAGAGAUCUCUUCUGUUUCAAGGUGUAAGGAUAAUUAAGAGGCAAGCAACAUGUCCCUCUUUUUCUGAGCCUCUUUCCAGAAUUAAUCAUUUUCAUCUUGCCAGAAUUUGUGCAACACAGGAUGAUAUAUAUUCUCCAAGUGCUCAGAACCCUUCUCAUUUGCAAUGAGAAUCGGCAGCAGUUGAUUCUUCCACGUGACUCUUCUGCCUUUCUUCAGUUUGCCCCAUUCAGCUAAGAUACCAGAUAAAGUCAAAUAAGAAAGUAAAAUAAGAAAGCUGCAGCACGUAUAAUAUAAAGAGCCAGAAAGGAAGGUUGUGGCUGGCAGAAGGGAGCUUUAGUUGUCUAUGCAUUUGCCAAGCUUGUUUGCUUGAAAUUGAGGCUUUCUCUCAGCUACCAACUAAACAUCAAUCCAGAUGUUGUAUAAUUUCCUGAAUUUUAUGCUCUGUCAGUGGAAAGAGAAAAUAAAUACUUUCUAUUACAUUCCGCAGUUGCUUGAUCUUGGAUUGCUUAACAAAUGCAAAUAAAACUUCAGUCAAAGGGAACCAUCAGAAGGCCCUUGGGGCGUACCUUGACCUCAGUGUCCAGGUAUACUGGGCUGAGGCUGCUUAGGGUUUUAAAGGUCAGGACCAACACUUUGAAAUGUUGCCUCUAGGCUGUUGCCUUGCUUCUGACAGCUUUGGAGCACUGGGCAAGGACAGAGUCAGUUUAUGUCACACAAGAUUAGUUAUGAGGUACUUCAAAAGAGUAAGGUGAGCGAUGGAAUGAUGGGCAUUGGCAGUAGGGUGGUGACCUUGUGAAAGGGUGAAGGAAGAAAUUCUGAGAGGGAAGGCACCCAGACUGAGAAGGCAAAAUUCACAUUAAUUGAGUGUGGCAAAAUUAGGACUCCCCUGGUGCACAAAAUGGGGGGGUACUAUUUAGACUGUGGAUGUUUUUUUCCCUGGGAGCACCUGUUUUGAACCAACUUACUGGGAUCUACACACUGAAUUACUUGUUAUAAACAACUUAAGGGAUUCUCUAAAAAAAAUCUGUAUUGACAACAUUGCUAUUACAUUUAUUCAAAAAUGCCCUUAAAAUACAGUACUGUACACUUCUAUUUUCUUUGCAAUCCAAGCUUAAAUCCAUGAAGAUUGGGCAUUUGAUGCUUGUUCUAAUUCAUACAUGUAAACUCUGAAACCUCUUCACUUGAUCUAAGGGGAUCUAAAAUCUAAGGCUUUUUUUUUUUACUUAAAUGGAAGGAGAAAAACUUCACCAUUACAAAUUGCAUAUUUCAGUAGAACAGGCAAAGAAAUUUCAAAGUGCUUGUGUAAACCUCUGCUGGUUGAUACCACCCUACACCAACCCCACACACUGCUCUGCUGAUAAGAAAUUAUAGCAGCAAUAGGGAAAUGGCUGGGACUAGAUUUGGAAGUCCAACAGGCCAGAGGUCCUCCUCUCUGGUUUAGAGACAUAAUAGAACAUUGCUGAUCCCUUCAUCGAACAAUAUGGAGAACCCCUCCCAUCUCACACAACAGAACCCCGUGACCUAGUGAAUGCU